CCCCACUAAAGCAAUCAGAGAAGAUUAUGCACGUGGGAUAGUGAUGUUGUUCCCUUCCCUCAAGGAUCCAUACUCCAAGAAGGGCUAUGAACACUUCUAUGAUGCUGCAAGCAGCACAGGAUACAUUUCUUGGCGUCUGAAAACAGUCCAGAGGAAGAUUCGUCAAGGAUCUGCAUUGCCCCCAAAUAGCCCAAUUGACUUUUCUCCAGGGGGGCCAAAUUUCCAAAGGACUGUUAAUGUUGAAAGGCAGCUUGAUGGUGAUGCUUGCCAAGAGGCCAUGUCUUUGCUCAACCAUACCACAGACAAUUCCUUGGUUUUCCAGAAGAUGAGGGAGACCUUUCAGCACCGUCAGAAGCUUGUUAAUGACCCAGGCAGAAGUGUUGAUAUCCUUUCCAGCUUCCCAAGAUUCCUGGAUACACAAGGAUUGGUGGACCAAGACUUCACUCUCCUAUUUGAUGACGAAACAUCCUCCAGGCUGCUUCAGAAAUGGGAUUUGUUCUUCAAGCCAAAGGUCAUGAAAGAGGCUAAGCGGCUCACCUCAACACCAGAGUUGCGACGCUUGGUGCAGUCAGCAGAAAGUCCCCCAGGAAGUGAUCUUGAUGAUGCAACAACCUAUGACCAAGACAUGGCUUCCCUGUUGUUGCUGUUACAUAUGCUUCCACCACCUCCAGGGGGACUGAAGUCUCCAAAAAUUAGUGCAUGUGAUGCAGUUGAGAGACUUGUUGUCUUUCAUAAGUCAUGCUGCAGUUUGGAAGAGCAUCUCCGCAACCAGCCGGGUCAGCAGCCGUACCUCCUCGCUGUUGGGCGACAGAAGAGCAAGAUCGACAGGUUCUACAUCACCAUGGAUAAGCGUCUCAUCCCAUGCAAGGCAAACCGCUCCCUUGGGGCAUUUGAUGAACUUUUCAAAGCACAUUUUGUGUUUAAUUUGUCUUACGAUGUGGCACUUGUGAAUUUUUACACAUUCCUGCAGACAACAGUGUAUAACAUUGAUGUGGGGAAAAUGAAGGAGUCACCCAGAGUUAAAGACUUGAGAGCAAGACUGCUUAACCAGCCAGUAGCACUCUCACCCUGUGAGUAAGACGCUAUAAAAUGUUGACCUGUUUCAUGUGUCAGAAAAAUUAUCCCAGCAGUCAGCAGUUGAUUUCACAUUUAAGAGUUGAACAUGGUUACUAUCCUGGACCCAAGUUCAAAUUGUUUUGUUCUCAGCAAGGCUGUAGGCAUCAGUUCCUAACAUAUACAGGUUUUCGGAAGCACCUUAAUAGUGUUCAUAGCAAUGUUCAGCAAAUUGCUCAAACUUCAACUGCUGCAUGUUCAUCUAGUGAGCCAGUUGCAACUUCAUCUCAGGCACAUGCUUUGGAGGACAAAUUUAAUCCACAAAAUCAAUGUAGCUCUUCCAGUGUUUCUUCUGAGAGUAAUGAUUCAGGACUUACUAAAGAUCCAACUAAAGAAAUGUGUGCAUCCAUCGUGGCCAAAUUACAGGGGAGUGGGAUUUCCAACAGUUUGGUAUCCUCAAUUGUAGGAGAUUUGGAAGAACUAACAAGUGAGAUUCGCUCACAAGCAAAGCAUACAGCUAUUUCUGCUUUACCUAUAACUGACCCCAACAUAUCUA